AUGAAGUGGGCGUACAAGGAGGAGAACAACUUUGAAAAACGCCGUGCUGAAGGAGACAAGAUCAGAAGAAAGUAUCCUGAUAGAAUUCCCGUUAUCGUGGAACGGGCUCCGAAGUCUCGUCUACGAGACCUAGACAAGAAGAAGUACUUGGUGCCAUCGGACCUCACGGUCGGUCAGUUCUACUUCCUCAUCAGGAAAAGGAUUCAUCUCCGACCUGAGGAUGCCUUAUUCUUCUUUGUGAACAAUGUUAUUCCCCAAACGAUGACAACAAUGGGACAACUCUACCAGGAUCAUCACGAAGAAGACCUGUUUCUGUACAUUGCGUACAGUGAUGAAAGUGUUUACGGAGGCGACGGCGAGCUUUCAGCUCAGUAG